CAGAAAAUCAAAAGUACGAGUAGUUGCUUGCCAGGAAGCAACGGGUGCUGCAUCGAUCACGACCGAAACGCCGGCAUUUCCAUGACCAAUUGAGAUCAUGGAGUUCCGCCAGGUCGUCUCAGUCUGCCGCUCGGCAGCGGCAGCAGCAACGAGGCCGUCCCUCGCCAGCACGCGGCCGUUCCCCUCGAGCGUGCUCAUCCAGCGCCACCAGUUCAGCACAAAUAACAAACAGCAAUCCGAGGCCGCUGCCGCUGCCGCUGCCGUUCAGCAGCCGCCGUCCGAAACCCCGGUGAACCCUCGCUCCCCGGCGUACCGGGUUGCCCAGCUCCAGGCUUCGCUGUCGCAGAACCCGUCGUCGUCGUCAUCCUUGCCCCCGCGGCCGCCGAUCCGCAAGAACAACAUGCUGGAGGGCUCCCAGAAGAGCUGGGCCGCGCCGCAGGCACGGAGCGGCGGCGGCAACAGCAGCUCCGGCGGCGCAUCCCUCUUCCGCAACACGACGCUCACCGGGCGGGCGCCGACCUCCUCUUCCUCCUCCUCCUCCUCCUCCGCGGGCACGGGCGACCUGUUCAACCUGCCCACGCAGAUCACCUCGGACAUGGAGCGGGCGACGGGCGCCGGCGGCAGCAAGAGCGACGGCAGCACCGGCACCACCGGCACCACCGAGACGAUGAGCACGUGGAGCGAGGACGAGUUCCUGCCCAAGCACUACGACGUGUCGGAGCCCGAGCUGCGCCUGCGCCCCUCGACCGGCCGCACGAUCCAGAUCAAGGGCAACGUCGACCUGGCCCGCGGCUUCCGCCUGCUGCACCGCGCCGUGUCCCAGAACAAGAUCAAGGCCCACGUCCGCCUGACCAGGUUCCACGAGCGGCCCGCGCUGAAGCGGAAGCGUCUCAAGCGCGAGAGGUGGCAGGAGCGGUUCAGGCAGGGCUUCAGGGCUACCAUCAACCGGGUCAUGGAGCUCAAGGCGCAGGGAUGGUAAAGGCGUAAAGGAGACGCGGCUGUGCGGUUGUAUAGACGGGGGUGGUUGGGGAGGGACGAAAGUUGAGGAUAUCAUGUGUGAACUACCUACCAAUGCUGGCUAGACACUGGUUCGCAUGGUAAAUGGUGUCAAUUGUACUUAUAGUUGCUCGAUACAAAAAAUAUGAAUCC